CCCUGCCCGCCACCCUUCUGGUCCUCACACAGACUCAGAAAGAAGUCACCAUGGUGCUGUCUCCCGCCGACAAAAGCAACGUCAAGGCCGCCUGGGAUAAGGUUGGCGGCAAUGCUGGCGAGUAUGGCGCCGAGGCCCUGGAGAGGAUGUUCCUGAGCUUCCCCACCACCAAGACCUACUUCCCCCACUUCGACCUGGCCCACGGCUCCGCCCAGGUGAAGGGCCACGGCAAGAAGGUGGGCGACGCUCUGACCAAGGCCGUGGGCAGCAUCGAUGACCUGGCUGGCGCCCUGUCCGCUCUGAGCGACCUGCACGCCCACAAGCUGCGUGUGGACCCCGUCAACUUCAAGCUCCUGAGCCAUUGCCUGCUGGUGACUCUGGCCAGCCACAACCCCUCCGAGUUCACCCCUGCUGUCCACGCCUCCCUGGACAAGUUCCUGGCCUCCGUGAGCACCGUGCUGACCUCCAAGUACCGUUAAGCUGGAGCCGCGGUGAUCCCUGCCCCGACCCGGGGUCCCUUUGCGCUCUGCGCACCCGCACUUCCUGAUCUUUGAAUAAAGUCUGAGUGGACUGCA